CAGCUGGGCCAAGCUGUGGUGGGCGGCGCGGCUCGUCGCGACGCCGCGCGCCGUGGGCUGGAGUUUCGGGUCGCGGCGGGUUAACAGCGCGCGGCGCGACGCGAGGGUCUCGGCGCGGCGGGCAGGGCCCGGCAGUCUCCUUAUCGGCAUCAGCAGGCGGCUGCGGUUCGUGGCGGGCAAGCUCGCAGGCGCUGCGACAUGCUAUCUGGUCUGGGACGGCGUCAUGCUGGCGGUGCAGCGCGCCGUGGUGCCGGCCGCGGGCCGGGCGUGGGAUGCGCUGACGCUCGCGCGUGUGGCGUAUCUCGAGGUGUUGAUGGCGCUAGUGGUGUACUGCGGCAUGGUGAUGCAGUUCGACGUGGCGGCCGCGGUCGGGGUCGGGUUGGGGUUGAGCGAGCCAGAGGACUGGCCGCCGCUGUUUGGAAGCCUCGCCGACUGCUACACCCUCGCAAACGUCUGGGGCCGCUUCUGGCACCAGUAUAUCCGGCAGCCCUCCCUCGGCGUCAGCCAAUAUCUAAUCCGCACUCUGCACGUCCAGCCGCAUUCCCAGCUCGCCUACUUCACGCACCUGGCCACGGCCUUCGUCAUAAGCGACUUCUUCCACGUCCUGAGCGUCGGCUCCGUCAGCCCAGGCUUCCUGCCGCUUAGCAGCCUCGUAGCCCACAUGUCGCGCUUCUUUCUCGUGCAGCCACUCGCCACGGCCGCUGAGAGCAUCGUCAUGCGCUUGUAUGCUCGGCAUGUGCAGCCCCAGCUGCUGCCGUCGUCGGGCGAGCAGAAACAGACACUCCAUGACUUGUCCGGCAAGUCAGACGGUGGCAAGGCGGCGUCCGUGCCGGCGGUGAGUAAAUCUGAUGGCAGCGCAGUCCCGAAAGAUGUGCAAGGCCAGCAUGAUACCAACAGUGAGAGAAAGCGCAAGGCUCUACACGCUCUGCUGCGGGCUUCAUGUCGGAUAUUUGGCUACUUGUGGGUUCUUUGCUGGUUCGUUGUGACGGGGUGGCCCUUCGUCAAAGCGUACUUGGAUGUCAGGAUGGCUGACUGGGGCCUGCCAUACUCGAUCCUCGAGAGUGCCUGUACUGGGCGAGAGAGCUAAAGUGUUCAGAUCCAUAUAUCAACAAGUUCUCGUCUAAAGUGACGAGUGCCGUUGUCAACGUUGCUCUUG